CAUUGUGUUUCUCAAAUAAGAUGAAAAAUGACAGAGACAGAUGAAACAUCAUAUAUUCUUAGUUCUGUCACAUACGAUAGAAAAUAUAGCUGUAUAGGUGGAGAGGAGAAGAAAUGCCAACAGUCACAAAAUGCUCAACAAAGUGGGCCCAGUGGCGACGAGACAAAUCCUACAAUGUCUUAUCGAGAGGCACCAAGACAUAGAAAAUUAUUACUGGUCUCUCUGGCACUCGUAGAUUUCUUUGGAUAUGCCUCAUUUUCGAUGUUGGCACCAUUUUUUCCGGCUGAGGCCGAAAAGAAAGGGGCGUCACAGAUUGUUGUGGGAGUAAUAUUUGGGAUUUUUGAAUUAACCAUUUUCUUAGUGUCACCAAUAAUAGGAAGUUUUAUUACCAAAAUUGGAGCUAAACGUACGUAUCUGUCAGGAUGCAUGUUAGCCGGUGCUUGUUCGAUCGCUUUUGGACUCUUAGACAAAUGCCAAGGGGGACUUUGUUCAUUGUACUAGCGUUCAUUUUUCGAGUAUUAGAGGGUAUUGGAUGUUCUAUGUUCAUUACAGCAGGAUUCGCUAUCAUAGCUAACGUGUUUCCAGACAAAGCUAUUACAGUUUUUUGUGCUCAGCCGAUCAAAUAGCAAGUUACCAGAGAAUUUCAAUUGUACACGUAUAAAAAAGCAGUUCAAAAUUAGACGGUAAUAGUGAUGCUGGAUUUGGUUUAAUAAGUUCAGUUGCGCACAUACCCUGAUAUACGGAUAGCAUAAGUGCACGCACAACUAUGGCGUGUAAAACGUUGCUUUAUUCGAUAAUCUUGUGAUGUAUAUUCAAAAUCUUGUGAUGUAUGUUCAAAAUCUUGUGAUGUAUAUUCAAAAUCUUGUGAUGUAUGUUCAAAAUCUUGUGAUGUAUAUUCAAAAUCUUGAGAUGUAUGUUCAAAAUCAUGUGAUGUAUAUUCAAAAUCUUGUGAUGUAUAUUCAAAAUCUUGAGAUGUAUGUGCUAUAUCUUGUUAUGUAUAUUCAAAAUCUUGUGAUGUAUGUUCUAUAAUCUUGUGAUGUAUAUGCAAUAUCUUGUUAUGUAUAUUCAAAAUCUUGUGAUGUAUGUUCUAUAA